GAGACGCGGAGGGGAGACAAGAUGGCGGCGGCGGCGUCGCAAGGCGGGAGAAGCGGCGGUGGCGGAGGCGGUAGUGGGGUUGGCGGCGGCCCCAGCUGUGGGACAAGCAGCAGCCGCACUGGUUUGUUGGAUAAGUGGAAGAUUGAUGAUAAGCCUGUAAAAAUUGAUAAGUGGGAUGGAUCAGCUGUUAAAAACUCUUUGGAUGAUUCCGCCAAAAAGGUACUCCUGGAGAAGUACAAGUACGUGGAGAACUUUGGUCUAAUUGAUGGGCGCCUCACCAUCUGCACCAUCUCCUGCUUCUUUGCCAUAGUGGCUUUGAUUUGGGAUUACAUGCACCCCUUUCCAGAGUCCAAGCCAGUUUUGGCUUUGUGCGUAAUAUCCUAUUUUGUGAUGAUGGGGAUUCUGACCAUUUAUACCUCAUAUAAGGAGAAGAGCAUCUUUCUUGUGGCCCACAGAAAAGACCCUACAGGAAUGGAUCCUGAUGAUAUUUGGCAGUUGUCCUCCAGCCUCAAAAGGUUCGAUGACAAAUAUACCCUGAAGUUGACCUUCAUCAGCGGGAGGACAAAGCAGCAGCGGGAAGCUGAGUUCACCAAGUCCAUUGCUAAGUUCUUUGAUCACAGUGGGACACUGGUCAUGGAUGCAUAUGAACCUGAAAUAUCUAGGCUCCAUGAUAGUCUUGCCACAGAAAGAAAAAUAAAAUAGCCAAUUCUAAAAGCUGUCUUUUGCUGGAUCAUACAGUUACUGAUGGGAAGGAAAGAAACAGAAAGUCUAAACUUGGUCAAGUAUGGAAUGUUAAAGAUGCCCCUGUGUAGCCCAUGCUGGAUAAAUCGAAUAUCCUUGCACAGAUAUGCAAAGCUAUAUCUUUGAUGGCUAGCUGUAGCCCCCUUGGUCUGCUGGGUCGUUGUUGUCUUCCUUAAGAAACAUUUUUGUAAAGUUGAGCAUUCUUUUCCUUUGUACUUAAUAGUACUUUAUUUAGCAUAGCUUCGUGCCACCACUAACCCACUGGGCAGUGGUGUUCACCUACAAUCCCAGUACUUGAAAGGCUGAGGAAGGGGGAUUGAGAUUGAGGCCCUUCUGGACUGUAGAGCCAGGCCUCGUCUUGGGAAGUGGGUGUUGUUAACUUGUUGCUGACUUUGUGUUAAUCCCUGCUUCAGCAACUGUUUCCUUCAGUCCAGGAUACAACUUCUUAUGUAUGACAGCUUGCCUGUAUACACCAUUUUUGUGGGUGUGUAUAUAUAUUUGACUUGGGGAGAAUUAUUUUAAAAAAAUACAAAAUAUUUUAAUUUGUUUAAAAUAGACCUGCCUAUUACAUUUUGUGCUCUUAACCAAUUAAAGAAACCAGUGGCAUUUUUAGUUUUAUAUUCUCUGUUUUCCACUAGUAUGUUCCUGUCAAUUUGUUUGUGCCCUUUAUUAACUGCCAUUUUCUAAAAUUUUUUUCAAUAAAUGAAAGAAGAUGU